AUGAAAGGAGUGACAUGGUUUUGGAAAACUAAUACUAAUCCUUGGUCAUCGAAUGAGAUCGAACAAUGGAUUCCAUUCCCUGAUAUCAUUAACCGUCAAAUCGAGCAAGCCUAUGAAGACCGGCAAUUAGAAAUAGUGAUCAGUGAAGAAUAUAAAAUUGAUUUGAACAGAUUAUUACAAAACGAUAUCUUUGAUUUUGGUAAACAACGACCAGUUCGACGAUGUUCGAAAACAGGAGAUACUCUUACUUAUUAUCGUCGUGAACGAUUCAAUUUCGCUCAACCCAUUCAACGUUCUAUUGCCGAUGAUACCCUUAACUAUGGAUGCAGUUUUGCUACUGAUUGUUUUAUCUUAUUCACGAAAGCUAUAUUGAAAAUGAAGAUCACCUCAUUGAUUGAUGCUCUUGUUUCUGGUAUAGUUAUCGAAGGUGGAAAACCGAAUCAAAAUGAUGAAGCUCAAUCCUUGAAGAAAUAA